CACAACUGUUUAUUCCUUAAUAUUUUACUCAAUUGGUUUUUUGGGUUCUCUGUCUGUCUUUUGGUGGAGGAAUGCUUGUCACCUACUCUUUGCUUUUAACUACUUCACCAAUCUGAGAGAAGCUUUCUUGGUUCUUGUUGGUCUCUGCUGCUUAGUUUUUGCCCUUAUGGAGAGGCACAAAUGCAAGCUCUGCACCAGAAGUUUCGUUAAUGGCAGAGCUUUAGGUGGUCACAUGAAGGCUCAUUUAUCCACUCUUCCUCUUCCAAAGAAAACCCAACAGUUCGUUGACGCUACAAUCGAAUCAGCCUCAUCUGCAUCUUUAGCAGAAGAAGUAGAGAAGAACAGAGGAGGAGGAGGAGGAGGAGGAGAAGAGAAAGGUUUGGUUUAUGGGUUGAGGGAGAAUCCAAAGAAGAGUUUCAGGGUUGCAGAUCCUGAAUUCUCAUCUGUUGCUGAUGCUGGGUCUUGUGUUUUUGUGCAAGAUGGAGAGAGUGAGACCGAGUCAAGAAACCCAACUCGGAGACGAUCUAAGAGGAAUCGGAAAUUCGAGAAUCAGAAGCUGAAAUUGGAGACCAAGAAGGCAAAGCAGAGCAGCAAACAGAGUUGGAUUAAUAAUAACAACAAUGGAUACUCGUACUCAUCGCCGGCCGAUCCAGAACCAGUGAGUUCUGUUUCUGAUACUACACCUGAAGAAGAUGUUGCUAUGUGUCUCAUGAUGCUAUCAAGGGAUUGUUGGAUGAAGGAACAAGGUCAAAGAUCGGUCGAGAUAUCGGAGGAAACCAAAUUGAGCAAGAAAAUUCGAUGCUGCGAGAAAUGCAACAAGGGUUUUCGAUCUUUACAAGCAUUGGGUGAGCAUAAGAGAAUUUGUGAAGGCAAAGUUGCUGUCAAUGAGAAGAUUUUCAAAUGCCCAUUCUGUUUCAAAAUAUUUGGUUCGGGACAAGCACUUGGCGGACACAAGAGAUCCCACAUUUUAGCUUCUUCAACAGCAACUCGAAGCAAAUUGGAUGCAGUUUCCAUAGAUCUUAACUUACCAGCUCGAGCGGAGGAACACGAGUAUAGUGUGGUUUCUGAUGCAUAAUCAUAAACUUGAUCAGUUAGGCUUAGUGAAUUAUGUCUAGUUCAUCAGAAAAUUUUACUUAGUUUUCUGCUUGAUCAUUCAUUGUCAACUAUGGAACUAUCUCUUUGAAUUAUUCUUAAAUUGUUUUCUUCUUUUCAAUUCAUAUUUGGUUGCUUGAAGGACUAAU